UUGCAUUGUGCUGAGUUGACCGGAUAGCUCCUCGUUCAUGUUGGUUCAGCGGCUUGUAUGGGAGCGCCUCAUACAUUUGGACGACUUGCACCUUCUCUUCAGUAACUUUGAUGGGGACUUCGAUAUCAAGCGGGGAAAAUGCCUGUGAUGAAGGGAUUAUUAGCGCCGCAGAACACGUUUCUGGACACCAUAGCAACACGGUUUGAUGGCACUCACAGCAACUUUAUCCUGGCCAAUGCACAGGUGUCAAAGGGCUUUCCCAUUGUCUACUGCUCUGAUGGCUUCUGCGAGCUUACAGGCUUCUCCAGGGCCGAGGUCAUGCAGAAGAGCUGUGCCUGUAAGUUCCUGUACGGGCCAGAGAGCAGUGAAAGCAUCAUCCUCAGCAUUGAUGAUGCCCUGGAGGAGCGCAAGGAGUUUAAGGAUGAGAUCAUGUUCUACAAAAAGACAGCGGUGCUGUUCUGGUGCCUGUUGGACAUUGUGCCAAUUAAGAAUGAGAAGGGAGAUGUGGUGCUCUUUCUGGCUUCAUUUAAGGACAUCACUGACACUAAAGCCAAAGCCAUCCAAGAGGACAAGAAGGAAGAGCGACGGCGCGGCAGGGUGAAAACAGGCUCUCCAUUCAGUUCAGCUCGUCUGCGGAGCAGUACGGUGCUGUACCACAUCUCUGGUCACCUCCACAGCAGAGAGAAGAGCAAGAUCAAACUGAACAAGAAUGUGUUUGGGGAUCCGCCCGCUUUGCCAGAGUAUAAGGUAGCAGAUGCCAAGAAGUCCAAAUUCAUCUUACUCCACUAUAGCACAUUCAAAGCUGGUUGGGACUGGCUGAUUCUACUCGCCACAUUCUACGUUGCUGUGACGGUGCCCUACAAUGUGUGCUUCAUCGGUGAUGAUGAUGACCUGACCCGCAGCACAACUGUCAGUGAUAUUGCCGUGGAGAUACUGUUCAUCAUAGACAUUGUUUUUAAUUUUCGUACAACUUAUGUCAGCAAGUCGGGACAAGUGAUCUUUGACGCGCGACAGAUCUGCAUUCAUUACCUGACUACAUGGUUCAUCAUCGACCUGGUGGCCGCAUUGCCCUUUGACCUGCUCUAUGCCUUUAAAGUCAGCGUGGUGUCUGUGGUCCACCUGUUAAAAACAGUCCGUCUGCUUCGCUUGCUGCGGCUGCUCCAGAAGAUGGACCGCUACUCACAGCACAGCACUGUGGUCCUGACGCUGCUGAUGUCCAUGUUUGCCCUGCUGGCCCACUGGAUGGCCUGUAUCUGGUACAUUAUCGGCAAGAUGGAGAUGGAGGCCAAUGCCUACAAUUGGGAUAUUGGAUGGCUCCAUGAGCUGGGGAAGCGUCUGGAGUCGCCCUACUAUGCCAUAGGAGGUGUGAACGGGACUAGCAACGGCCCCUCCAUCCGUAGUGUCUACAUCGCCUCACUCUACUUCACCCUCAGCAGUCUAACCAGCGUGGGCUUCGGCAACGUGUCGGCCAACACAGACACAGAGAAGAUCUUCUCUAUCUGCGUCAUGCUUAUCGGAGCACUGAUGCAUGCCCUGGUCUUUGGUAAUGUGACAGCCAUUAUCCAGAGGAUGUACUCACGCUGGUCCCAGUACCACACCAGAACCAAAGACCUCAAGGAUUUCAUACGUGUCCAUCAUCUGCCACAGAGUCUCAAGCAGCGAAUGUUGGAGUAUUUUCAGACAACCUGGUCGGUCAACAACGGUAUUGAUUCUAACGAGCUGCUGAAGGACUUCCCAGACGAGCUGCGAUCUGACAUCACCAUGCACCUUAACAAGGAGAUCCUGGAGCUGUCACUGUUUGCCUCUGCCAGUCGCGGCUGCCUGCGUUCCCUGUCGCUGCACAUCAAGACCUCCUUCUGCGCUCCUGGAGAGUACCUCCUCAGACAAGGCGACGCUCUCCAGGCCAUCUUCUUUGUCUGCUCGGGGUCCAUGGAGGUGCUGAAAGAUGGCAUGGUACUGGCCAUCCUAGGUAAAGGUGACCUGAUUGGAGCGAACCUGUCCUUAGAUAACCGAGUGAUAAAAACCAAUGCAGAUGUGAAAGCCCUGACCUACUGUGACCUGCAGUGCAUUAACCUGAAGGGACUGUAUGAGGUGUUGGACCUCUACCCUGAAUACUCACACCACUUUGUCCAGGACAUCCAGCAGGACCUCACAUACAACUUGAGGGAGGGACAUGAGACACACGUUAAGGUCAGACUGCCUACAACAACUCUAGAUACUCAGUCUGGAGUGAGAAGGAACGGACGAGUGGUUCAGGGCUAUCCGCCCAUCAUCGAGGCACAGGAGGAACAUGAGGAAGAUGAAGAGGAGGAGGAAGACGAGGCCAUGUCUGUGUCCCUGUCGUCAGAGCGGAACCGGACUGGGAACCUCAGGAACACAGGUGGGAUGUCUCCACUGAGUCAACCCAGUCAGAGGACCAUGGGACAGAGCUCCAGGAGGUCUCAGAGGAAGAUCCAGGAAAUUACUCUCACCACUUUAGACCCUUCCAACCUCAGCCCCAGGAUCGUGGAUGGUACUGAAGACAGUAAGGGGACAGAGAGUUCCCUGGCUUUCUCCUUCUCUACCAGCCGAGGUUGUCCUGUCAGUGAACCAACCAGUGCCUCAGCAUCUGCCACAGAUAUGCUACAGAUCAGCACAGCAGAGCUAGCAGCUAAAGCAGAAGAAACCAGAGGACAACUGCGACACCUUGACCAGCAGGUGAGUGCCCUUGGAAGGGAAGUGGCUGACCUGGGACAAGUCAUGAAGAGAAUGGUGCAACUCAUGGAGACCUUAAUGCCACCAGUGCCACAACCUACAGUAGUUUGCCCAACACAUUACUCCCCAGGACACCACACAUACCUGUCACAUUCAAACCCUCCUCAGUCUUACCCUUCACCAUCCUCUUCUCAGACUGCCUCCCUCUGGACAAACACACCCAUGUCAUUGCCCUCUUCUCCCGUCAUUAUAUCCCAGCAAUGUGGCGUGAUAUGCCACAAGGAUUCCCUCGCACACAGACCCCAGGACCUCCAGCUGGGGGACUCUGCUAUACCCAGCUCAGCAUUAUCUCCCACAGCAUCUGCCUCUCAAUUACAACCCAUCAUUCACCCGACUUCCUCACCCCUCAGCUCACCAGAGAUAUCCCAAUACAAAGACGGGGUUUCUGGCUCCAUCAGGUCAAGGGUACACAGUCCACCCCUGCAAGACGGGGGAGAUGAGGACCCUCAUCAGAGCUCUGGGUGUUCUCCACAAACUGGACUUGGGAGGGGCUGUCACAACCAGACCAAGGGUUUGUAGCAGCCCUCUAUCUGAACUUUUCUAGACUUUAUCCAGGAUUUUUUGGGGGAUAUGUUCCUGAACUAAAGAUCAAACUGACCACCUGGGGUCCCUAUACCAUUGGAUGAUGUUUGCAGGGAUGCAAUUCAGAUUUUUUUUGUUUUAAAGGCACGAAUUUAAAAAAAAAAUGUUGCAUGAAAACAAGUACAGAGGGUUUAGGUGUGUUAGCUUUACCUUAUAGAAAUGUAGUGUUAGACAGGAUAUAAAGGUUUGGGUCAGUCAUGGAGCUGUAUGGUCUCUCUGGGGAACAGCUCACACCCCAACCCACUACCCUCCCCACCUUGAGGCUGGAUUGUGCCAUAAUGGAGGACAAGGGGGAUAUGUAGGAGGAGGGAGGACUUUCAAUCCUCUCUUUUUUUUUUCUUUAUUUAUUUUUCUUUUUUUUUGCUCAUGGCUAGUUUCAGGCCAGCUGGGCUGGUUAGAGGAAAAAAAAGGCUCAUGAGUGGUGGAGGUGGGCUUUGGAGAUGAGGAGGGGAGGUUUGGAGGCCAUUAAUGUCCUUCCCCCAACCUCCUAUAUAUCUCAACCAUUUCCUCCUUCCUUUUAACCCUUCUUUCGUUGCUCACUCAACCCAUGCAUGAUGCCCUGGAUUGCAUGAACCAGUGUGUGGCUGGUUGGGGUUGGUUAGACUGGGAGCACAGAAUGGUGUGAGGAGAGAGAUGGGAUGUAUUGUGCUCUUUACCGCUAGCCCUCAGGGAAGGGGAGGUGGAGGGUGGAGGAAGUUCUUUAUGGAGGUGGGGUUGGGGUAUGUUGUGCCUCAGGCAGCACAGCCCCUGCUGUCGUCUGUCACAGUGAGCACAGGGACUCUUUCUCCCUCGCCGUUUCUUGUUUCCAGUGUUACUCUCCACACACCUACCACUGUCUCUCUCCCUCCUUCUUUCUCUUUCUCUUGCUCUCUGCAUGCCUUUCCGAGCCUUUUGAGUAGUGCCUGUAGACACACAUUAACAUGCUGCAUGUCACCCUGUGGAAAUCCAGCUUGCCAUUUAUCUAUCUAUUUAAAGAAAAAAUGGUUCAGUCUUUUAAUAGCUUAACCUGGCAUUUACUGAUGCAUAUUUAGUGGACGUUGGCUCAGUUUAAACAACUGGGUAGGGACAAGGUAUUUGCCCCUGUUGUGAAGUGGCCCGGAGCAAAGCGCCAAUACUAAAUUGGUCCACAAUCCACGAUGUGGGCCAUUUUCCUGAUCGUUACCCUGGGUUAACAGCUCUGAGAUCCAUUUUCUCAGCUGUUCAGAGGGAAGGCAAUAUCCCUGCAUAAAAGCACAAUAAGGAAAUAAAGACGCUUUUAUAUUUCUAUGAAUGUAUCAUUACUAAAGAUGUAUUUUUUUACCUCAAAGAAUGCAAGAGUGUGGGAUAGCACUAAAUGAUACUGCUGUAUAUGAGGUCAUGGUAGUGCUGUUUGCUGGUACCAGCCAAUGCAAUCUUUAAACAGAAAAAAGGUCCUAGCGCUUGUCCCAACAAAUCUACGAUUCUCUUUGAAUUUAUGUAGGUUUGACUCUGCUUCUCUGCAAAUGGAAUGUACUGUAAUUAAACGUCUUUUUUCCCAUAACAUUUUGAUAUUUAUUAGAUACAAUAAAAACAACUGUU